AUGCUAGUUAGCUCUUUAGAAGACUAUGAAACGUCCAGCUCGGACAUGGAUUGGAUUGAUAGAUUUGUUGACGGGUUCACGGACCAAAUGAUAUUAAGAGUCGACCAGUUUUUUAUUGACGACCCCUUUAACUUAUUCGGUCUCUCCGAUCUUAUAAAAGGAUACGAUAAAACCAUUCGGGCAUUUAGAGGAGAAGACAUUUAUGUGUCGCCAGAUGCAAGAGUUAUACUGUACUAUAUGAUCCACCAAAGAUACAUCAUAACCAAAAAAGGAUUGGAGGGCAUGCAUGGCAUUGUAAGCUCAGGAGUGUAUGGCAAGUGUGCAAGAGUGUUCUGCAAUGGAUUUCCGUUUCUUCCAAUUGGACUCAGUGAAAAGCCAAACAAAUCCACAACAAAGCUCUUCUGCUACCAAUGCAAGCAGAUAUACGAGGCAAGAGGUGAGCUCGGGGAAGUGGAUGGAUGUGCCUUUGGCCCUACAUUCCCGCAUCUGUUCAUUCUCAUGUACAGAAAUUUAUUCCCAGAAGUAAUAGAAGAGGCAAGCUAUGUACCAAAGAUAUUCGGGUUCCAAGUGGCUAGCCCAUCUAAAGAAUAG